AUGGUAUUAACUGCGAAAGAACCAAAGCAAAUUAAUCUAGCAAAUCAAGGUACAAUAGCGGGUAUGUACAUAACUAGAUUUAGGACAAAGAAAAUAGAAGCUUACGUGGGUAUACCUUACGCGCAACCACCUUUAGAGUUCAGACGCUUUGCUGCUCCAGAAUACACAGAUCUUCCUCAAUGGGAAGGUGUAAGAAACGCUACGAUUUAUGCGCCAGAUUGUGUGCAAAGUGAUCCAAAGAAAGAGGAUGUACAACGCCCCUUGAACAAGCAUGAUGAAUUGUUUGGAAAAUUGCUCGAAUCGCAAAUGGAGGAACCGCGGAAAAAGGAAUAUUCGGAAGAUUGUUUAUACCUCAACGUUUAUGUCCCUGAUGAUGCAAAGGUAGAAGGCUAUCCAGUAAUGGUCUGGUUUCACGGAGGAGAUUUUGUUCGUGGUAGCGCUAAUAGUGUUAAUCCGUUCCAACUGGUGCUCAAACAAAAGGUAAUCUUUGUAACUGUGGCCUACCGUUUAAAUAUAUUUGGCUUCUUUUCAACUUUGGAUAACGAGGCUCCGGGAAACUUUGGCUUGUUAGAUCAAGUUGCGGCUCUUUAUUGGGUAAAAAAUAACAUAGAAAGUUUUGGUGGAGAUCCUGAAAAUGUGUGUAUAUUUGGACAUGACGCAGGUGCAGUUAGCGUUGGGCUGCAUUUAAUAUCACCUUAUUCUGCAGGACUAUUUCAAAAAGCUAUUGCAAUGAGUGGUAACGUUUUGUCUUCGGAGACGGUGAACAUAGCUAGAAAAGAAAUAAUAACAGUCGAUAAAGUGGCAACUGCCUUUAGCUGUUUCAGAAAACCAACAUCUAAGUUACUAGAUUGUCUUAGGCGAGUUAAUUAUCAAGCUCUACUGGAUAUUGGAGAACCUUUAGCUUCAUGGAAACCAAUAAUCGACAACGGUUUUAGCAAUAUAUCUCAGCCGUUCUUAACAGAUCAACCAAGUAAAAUGUUUGAUGAUGAAAUAUUUAGUCCUGUGCCUAUUUUGACUGGUUACACCAAUAUGGAGGAUGCUCUUCUUUUAGAUAAAGAUGGAGAUUCAGGUAUAAGUCAAAGAGAAUUUGAUAUAAUGCGUGAAGAAGUAAUUCUUUCUGAUAUAACUGUAGACAAUAGUUCAUGUUUUACUAAUCAACACCAUAUUCAAGAUGCAGUUGCGUUCUUCUACAAGCCAAUACCACCAACGACCAAUGAGACUAUAUUACGACAUCAAUUGUUGGAUUUUUACACUGACAAGGUAUAUGGGGCCACAACAUACCAAUUAGCCAAGUAUGUUAGUAAGCACGCUCCUGUAUAUUUAUAUAGAUUUGAUUUAAAACCCUUUUCAGAUAUCGCUAACGAAGGUAUACCAGAUUGGGUCUCAGUACCACAUAAUUUCGAUUUGAUUUUUACUUUUGGCUUGCCUUAUUUAGCAUUGCCAGAAGAUUUAACAAAAUGGGACUACAGAGAUAAAAGUAUAUCUGAUAUUGUUAUGAAGAUGUGGACGAACUUUGCCUGGUAUUCCAAUCCGACAAAUUCGGGUGUCAUUAUUCAAUGGGAUACUUUUGAAACUGAAAAACCAGGAUUUUUCAUAAUAGACAGACAAAAUUUUACAAUGAGUACUCCUUACAAUAUUAAUUACAAAGCCUUGGAAUUUUGGACAGAUUUUUAUCCAAAAGUAGUUGAAAUUGCAUCCAUCAAACAAUCUCUUGACCCGAGGUUUUUCCUGACGCUGUUUUUGCAUCGUAUCGGUUUUAGUAUAAACCAGUUACCUCUGUGUCGUGUUACAAGUCUCUUGUGCUUAAGGAACAAAACUACGAUGGCCUUUAAGCAAGCAUUUUUAUUGGUAGCAUCUGUCUGGCUAGUGUCUGGACAGAGACCUUCGUUUGCUGGUUCCAAACCGAUUGGAUUUCCUGAAAUCAUCAAACCUGCAGAUGAACUUGGAAACAGAUUCGGAGAUGACACACCUUUGGUUUUACCCAUCGAAGCAAGAGGCGAUCGGGAUUUAGUUGAACGUAUAAGUAAAUUGCCUGUAGAUCAACAGCCUUUCUGGUAUAUAAAUUGGAAAGCUCUAGAAGAUCUCAGAAAAAAUCCAGUCACAUAUCAACAACGACCUAACUCUUUCACCGAUGAAGGGGUACUUGCUGCGAGCCAAAAUGUAGCACCGAGCUCUGAUCUUAGUUCCCGAUUUGAUACAAAUAAUCAAAAUUCGAAUGAUCAAAAUUCAAAUAAUCAAAAUGCAAGUAAUCAAAAUCCAAGUAAUCAAAAUAUAAGUAAUCAAAACACAAGUAAUGCGCAAGUCAAUCGUCAAAGUUACAGAAGCAGUAAGAGAUACAUUAGAUUU